AUGGAAAACCAACCGUACGAGUACGAACCACUUGACGAUAGCACCGACGAGAUUCGGCUCAUCUCAAUCCAUCUUGAUUCAGAUCCGGACAGUUCAAUCCAGCUGGACAUCAUACGAGCAAAGCUUUCAGAAAACCCAGAGUAUGAGGCUCUUUCAUAUAUGUGGGGAUCAGAGAGAGAUCCACAUGAUGUCUACGUUUCUGGAAAGCGACUUCGAAUAGGACACAACUUGUGGAUGGCACUGCUACGGCUACGAAAUCCUACCAAAGCGAGAGUUGUGUGGGUUGACGCAAUUUGUAUCGAUCAAAAUAAUACAUCGGAACGAAAUCACCAGGUUUCUCAGAUGUCCAAAAUAUAUCGACAAGCGUCGCGAGUUGUGGUGUGGCUUGGACCGGAGAUUCAAAACAGUACUGAAAUUAGGUUCCAUAAUUUGUCUAUGAUUAUUUUUGAUUUGCCAUGCUGGUGAGUGUUUAAAAUAUGUUUGACGCUCUGGUCCUAGGCUAACUUUGUUACCAAUGAAGGGGCCGACUUUGGGUGAUACAGGAGGUUGUAUUAGCCAAAGAUCUGAUUUUUAUUACGGCAAUAUCGAAUUGGAAUGGGCGUCUUUUGCUGCCCUCGUCAGAAGGGAAAUGGCUUCGUACGCAGAUCGAGAGAACAUUACUAGAAAGACUCCUAUGAAACUCAUCCAACAAAGGGUCGCUCAAAGUCUUACAAAACACGGGCAAAACCUGAACUUCACAAGUAGCUCAAUUGUAGAUCUCGCUCUGAGUUUCUCGGAAUCAGAAUGUCCGGACCGCCGAGAUAAAAUCUUUGGACUCAUGUCUCUGGCAAAUGAUUGCUGCAAAACACAUACACAUGUUGAUUACUCAAUGACUGGCUUAGAGCUAUGCCAAAGCGUAUUGGAUCAUUAUGCCAAUUCACACAGCCCUACCAAAAUUAUACGAAGACUAGAAGUCGUAAUUGGCUUGUACUCCACGCUCAUGCGUCAAAGUUAUCACGAGACAAUUUUCGAAAAGGAGGUACCUGUGCUUGAUUAUAUAGACUUCUUUGACCGCGAUUUCGGAUCAAUUUCCCCACCUUAUACCCCUAGGCGGUUAGUGGAAAGAAUCGGCUGGACAGAAUUUAUUCCCUCUUCACAGUUUCCUCAGCGAGCCCACUUUUCCAUCAACAAACAAAGCUGGUCAGAGGUAGCUUAUUUAACGUCAGUUCGGGGAUGGAUGAUAUACGGAAGGCACAGAUCCGAGAGCAAGAUAUGGCCGACCUUGUGUGCCAUGAGCAGGACAGAAUUAAAAGACUACCUUUCAACCUUAUUGUGGAAUCUCAAAAGUACGUUAUGCUAUCCUACAACGUUAUCUCAGGGUGGUGUAAGACUAGCCCUAGAUCAAUCCGGCUGCAUCUUUUUUGUUCCUGAAGACACUAUCCGUCGGGACUACAUCUCUAUAACUGACGAGCAAAACCAGAUCGCAAUCGUGCGUGAGGGACACUGCAGGCGAACCAUUGUCGCAAUGGCACAUGUAGAUUCAAGCAAUGAGUAUCCGGUGACCUUUAGGCCCCCCAGAUCAACCUCAGGUAUAUCGGUUCAUUUUAGUUUUAUCAAAGUUGUUUGGUCAAAACCUACGCGAGAGGAGGAAGGGAAACAGAUCCGAGAGUGGGUAAAAAGGACGGAGCAGUUAGUAAGAAAUAAUUGGAAGGUUGUGGGUUUGAAAAAUCCAACACUCAAUAAGCACAAAAGAAAAACAAUACCUUCAAGAAUGCAGAGAAGAAUCGAGAGAUCGCGACGAAGACUUCGGAAGAAGAGAAGAAGGACAACUGACCAUAACGAAAGAUGAACAUGAAAUAGCUUUAUGCGUCUCAGAGUAUUGCUUCAAAGACUGGAGGAGUCAGCCUGCUUGCAAAAAUGCAUCUCCUGUUAUCUUGUUCCCAAUUUGCAAUAGCAGUCUUGUCUUACCAAUCAUCUGGGAAUUGUUAAGGAAAAUCGGUGAAGUGAUUACUUAGUUGUAUAGAAUAUUGGGGUGUUUUUCACGCAUUACUUGCCUUUUCUUCCCAGUCUUCUAGUAGACCAGCCGCUCAACCGCUUACCAUAGCAGUGAUGACAGCGUGGCGUCCUGGCGUAUUGGAUAUUAUAUCAUCCACGAGAGUCGGCAAGCAUGGGAAUACGUAAAGGAGGACAAAUAUACCAACAAAUUUGGAUUCGAGGGAAGACUCGAAGUGAGAGGAGAAUAG